AGGCCUCUCGACUCCAACAAAGCCACACCUCUUAUUAGUGCCCCUCCCUUUGGAGGCCAUUUUCUUUCAAACCAUUACAGGAAUAAUUCACCUCGACCUCAAGGUGUAAUUUCUGCUUUUCACUGUUUGGGAGUCAAGUUUUAAUACAACCAUCUUUAACAAGAGGAGCACAACGGCCCACAAAUUGCUUAAGGACAACACAUAUGUGACCUCUGAGGACACAUGUGACAUAUGUGACCUCUGAGGACAGCCGUCCGUGCUCACCUCUCAUCCCUAAGCCUGAACGGUGUGCAUCCUAUAAACAUCCCUGUCAGUUCAUUCACAAAGGAAAUUCUUGAAGAGAAACGAGUAACCACUUCAUAAAAUUUUACUUAAUUUUUGAACUGCUUUAUUAAAUUUUCAAGACGAUUGAGCAAUGUAACUUCAAAACCACAAAAUACACGUGUAGACACACUCACACAAUAAAUUCUCUCUCACACACACAUUCUCUUGCAGUCCCGGACUUUGGACCUAGGAUCUACUACAUGCUAGAGAGAUGCUUUAUUUCUAAGACACACUCCCACUCUUUUCAGUGUGGUUUUUAUUUUGAGACAGGGUCUCCCAUCUGGGAACUUAUUCUACAGCCCAUGCGUGCUUUGAACUUAGACCCUCUUUCCCUUCUAGCCCAUGGUGGCCUCAAUCUCAUGGCAAUCCUCCCUUCUGCCUCAGCUGCCUUAAUUCUGGGCAUAUUUUCCACAAAGCCCAAUUGUAGGCACUCUUAUCUCCAGACGUGCCCCAUGGAUACGCUCUGAGAAGAACACUUCUCUAACACACCAGCAGCCGCAUCUACCAGCCCAGCCACUUUAAGGGACUGUAAAUUGUCAUUCCAGCUUUAUAAUUUUAUAGAUAAUUAAGGGGCAGGCACUAUGCCUAUUCAAUUGGGUAGAUAAGACAGAGAGAGUAGGCCCCUGGUGGUGUUUAAUUCGCGAAAGGAGAGGCAAACUCCGUUGAAAAACACCCUUGAGGUUGGUUGAUUUGGCUACAGAGAUGCCCUUGGUGAGACGUAUAUGAUGGCGUUUGAGCAGUUCCUCUUACGAUUCAGGGGAAGUAGCGCCUGUCACAUGCUCUGUGGAGCGUUUAUUAGGCUGUGCUCCCUUCAAGAAGGCCUCACUCUGGAGUUUUGAGAUAAUUCUAGGAACACCGUCUGAUUCUACAGUGAGAUGACUAAGAUCCCUGUGUUACUUCUGUCAUAUAUAUAAAGUAUUACGGUAAGACUUCGGGCCUGAAUAAUUGAUUUUAAUCGCCAGUUAGAAGCCACACAUAUAGAAGAUCCCUCUGAAGACAUUGGAUAUAUUUUCUACCAAAAAUUACUUUUGAAUUUUCAAAGAAAAGAGAAAGUUUUCUUCUUCUUCAUGAUUUUGAUUGAUAAUCAAGGGCUUUUCGCACUAGUUCUGGCAUGCAGGAACAUUUAUCAAUAAAAGGUAAAAAGUCAGGUGGAAUCCAAGUCCCCGUGGGCCAUCUGGUGUCACAACCUGAGUGAUUCUGCAGUGAGCACACAUGAAAGUUUCUACUUUUGGGGGGAAAAGAAACACAAACGCCCCUCCACCAGGGGCGGGGGAGGUGCCUGGGAAUGCACCAAUCACAGCGCGCCCUGCUCUAUAUAAGCCCCCCCCCCGCCCUACCCCCUCCUGCGCUGUUGGUGGUCUUUUACUUUUUCUUACUGGGUUAGUUAUUGACUAAUUCUUGAUUAUGUCGGAAACGGCUCCUGCUGCUUCAAGUAGCCUUGUCCCAAUUCCUGCCGAGAAACCUCCAUCUAAGAGGCGAAGGAAGAAGCCUGGCCUGGCCGCUGCUCGCAAACCCCGGGGUUUCUCGGUUUCCAAGUUGAUUCCCGAGGCCCUUUCGACGUCUCAGGAACGGACCGGAAUGUCCCUUGCUGCCCUGAAGAAAGCCCUGGCUGCGGCUGGCUAUGACGUGGAGAAGAACAACAGCCGGAUCAAGCUGGCCCUCAAGAGACUUGUGAAUAAGGGGGUCCUGGUGCAGACCAAGGGCACCGGCGCCUCUGGCUCCUUCAAGCUCAGCAAGAAGGCUGCUCCUGAGGUCAAGGGUAAGGUCAAGAAAUCUGCUUCUGCCAAGGCGAAGAAGCUGGGCUUGUCCAGGGUCUCGAGAUCCCCCAAGAGCAAUAAGACCAAGGUUGUCAAGAAGCCGAAGGCCACGCCCACAAAAGCAUCCCCCGGCCGACCAAAGACCAAAGGCACCAAGGGUGUGCAGCAGCGGAAAAGCCCUGCCAAAGCGAGGGCAGCCAACCCUAAUGGUAGCAAGCCAAAGAUGGGCCUGCAGAAGACCGACCUGAGGAAGGCAGCAGCGAAGUGAGCUUCAAAGUCAGUUUUAAAAAACCCAAAGGCUCUUUUAAGAGCCACUUCCAUAAUUUUUAAAAUGGCUAAACACUUUAAACAAAAGUUAAUGAAGCCGGGCGGUGGUGGCUCAUUCCUUUAAUCCCAGCACUCGGGAGGCAGGCAGAUUCCGUGAGUUCGAGGCCAACUUGGUCUACAGAGCAAGUUCCAGGGCAGGCUCCAAAGCCACAAAGAACCCAGUCUCAAAAAACAAAACAAAAAGUUAACGAGGUAGACAGUCGCUUUAUGUGGAUCGGUCUUCUAGCCCCUAGAGUUAAAAGGUUUGGAGGUACCUAUUUACAGAUUUGGUCGUGUAUUUUAUGAUAAUUUCUCAUUAUCAUAAAGGUCAUCAUAGGCGUAUUUCAUUCUAGAAACGCCCCCAUAUCAAGGAAGAAAGUAGAGAUGAGUUCACCAUUAAUCAGUGUCCAGACUGUCAAACCACCACUAUGAGCCCAGAUGAUUGGGAGUCAAGCUAAAGAUUAUACUUGUUUAAAUUGAGUUUAACUUUUAGGAUUUCGUGGGAGAUGAAUGGAAAAGAGCAGCAAGCAGUCUCAAGAACAUUGGAAGUUUUUGCAAUGUAUCAAUAAAGAUCAAUUUUGUUCCAUUUUAUAGAAUGAUUUAAUAC